AUGGGUUUGACUCCGAGGUUUGAGAUGCUGGAUCUAAUCGUACUCGAGAAAAAAGGUCAACCGCUUUUGUUACGCCGGUUCUUGAAUUUAGAAUCGAAACAUCACCAACGAAACGAUGAGAUCGUUCUACUGCCUCCUUUCCAUCAUCUUCAUCAACACUCAAGGAUCGCUGGCCAACUGAGCUAUCCAACUGCUGCCGUUGAAGAACGAGAGUUCGUAACUUCAAGGGAACAACCAGCAAUCGCAAUCGCUCCUCCUCCAGCACCGAUUGUUGAACCUGUAGUGGAAGCAGCUCCAGUUGUGGCGCCUGCACAGUACGCUCCAACUCCGGUUGUGGCAUCAGCUCCAAUUGUGGCACCACCGCCGGUGGUCGCACCAGCUCCUGCAUUCCCUACAUCCACCACCAUCAACCACGCACUGAACUUUGCUAAGUCUUAUUCAAAGGAAACUGGUCACACUUCCGACACUGCUGUGAUCUAUGAAGGCGGUCACUUCCCUUUCGGUCAUUUACCGGCUAAUCGCAUCUUCGGUGACAUGCACGUCGAUGGACCGUUCCGAGCUCGCAAGAAGCUCGCCACAAAGAAGGCAGUUCUCGCGCGUAUAAAUCUGGAGAAGAAGAGCUGA